GUGCUGUACUGUUUUGUUCUGGAAUCUAGGCUGCACUGAAUUGGAAUCUCAGCUGCAGCAUUCUUCCAUUUUCACCUAGGUUCUGCUCGAUCUGGUUACCAUGUCGGCCAGCAAUCCCUAGAACGCAGCUCUCUCGCCUCGCGCGGUACACGCGAUUCUAGGUGGACUUGCGAUCCUAGAGGCUGUCGCUCUCAAUACCUGCAGCGUAAUCCAUCCUUCAGGAUCCGUUUCAGCCGGCUCGGCCUGCCUGUCGCUCCUCUUAACGUUCAUCCUUCCGCAGAUGUAUUCCUGAUGCGAUCUCAUCAUUACGAUCUUGGGACUAACACAUCCGGAAUCUGAAAGCCCUUCAGUUAAAUAUAGGCUCUCGAGCUUCGGUGAAGUUGUGUCUUACAAAAGCCGGUGGCAUCACUGGCUCGUCGUUGGCUUAGGUUUCGCCGAACAUUAAACAGACAGCUGGGGAGCGGGCUCUGCCCGCCGUCCGCCGCGAACCAUGCCUGUGGCGGCGUCGGCGAUCUAUUUCCUUAACUUGAGAGGGGACAUUCUCAUCAACCGGCUCUACCGAGAUGACGUCGGCGGCAACAUGGUGGACGCGUUCCGCAUGCAGAUCCUGCAGACCAAGGACCUGGGCACGUGCCCGGUGAGGCAGAUGGGCAACUGCUCGUUCAUGUACAUGCGCAUCAGCAACGUGUACAUCGUCAUCGUCGUCAACAGCAACGCCAACGCCGCGCUCGCCUUCAAGUUCAUCGUCGAGGCCGUGGCUUUGUUCAAGUCGUAUUUCGGGGGCACGUUCGACGAGGACUCCAUCCGCAACAACUUCGUGCUCAUCUACGAGCUGCUGGAUGAGAUUAUGGACUUCGGCUUUCCUCAGAAUCUAUCUCCGGAGAUCGUCAAGCUCUACAUCACACAAGAGGGAGUCAGGUCGCCCUUCUCUAAGGAGAAGGAGGUGAGGCCUCCCGCGAAUGCGACGCUGCAAGUGACGGGCGCUGUGGGGUGGCGGAGAGAAGGGCUCGUGUACAAGAAGAACGAGGUCUUUCUGGACAUCGUGGAGAGUGUCAACCUCCUCAUGUCGCAAAAAGGCACCAUUCUGCGGUGUGACGUGACGGGCAAGGUGCUGAUGAAGUGCUUCCUCUCGGGCAUGCCGGAUCUCAAGCUCGGGCUCAACGACAAGAUCGGGCUUGAGAACGAGGCGCAGAUGCGCGCACGCCCUGCCAGGAGCGGCAAGACCAUCGAGCUGGACGACGUGGUGUUCCACCAGUGCGUCAACCUCGCGCGCUUCAACACCGAGAAGACCGUCAGCUUCGUGCCGCCUGACGGGGAGUUCGAGCUCAUGAAGUACCGCAUCACGGAGGGCAUCAACCUGCCCUUCCGCGUGCUGCCUUUGAUCAAGGAGCUGGGGCGAACGCGCUUCGAAGUCAAUGUCAAGGUGAAGAGUGUGUUUGGCGCCAAGAUGUUUGCGCUGAACGUGAUUGUGAAGGUGCCCGUGCCCAAGCACACUGCCAAGGCCACUCUGAGCGUCACGUCCGGCCGGGCCAAGUACAACGCCGCUGUGGACGCCAUUGUGUGGAAAAUAAAGAAGUUUCCCGGGCAGACAGAGCUGAGCAUGAGUGCGGAGGUGGAGCUGAUAUCCACGAUGGUGGACAAGAAGCAGGGCACGCGCCCUCCCAUUCAGAUGGAGUUCCAGGUACCCAUGUUCACUGCUUCAGGCCUACGAGUGCGCUUCCUCAAGGUGUGGGAGAAGAGUGGUUACAGCACAGUGGAGUGGGUGCGUUACAUCACACGUGCAGGGGCCUAUGAAAUCCGCUGCUGAGUUUCCUUGGAUUGGAUGAUGUCGUCAAUCAGAACCAUGUACCGGAAGCUUCAGUUGCCACCUUGCCACAGUUUCUUUCUGAUACAACACACAGUAGAGAGAUUGAGGUGUUCGUACGUUUGUAAUUGUAGUGCUAAUAUACUAGACAUAUAUUAGGCACAUGUGGUCACAACUUUCCUGAUUAGUAUUAUUGAGAUAGUGCA